AUGGCUUUGUUGUGUCAGGUCAUAGGUGUGGAGGUGGAUGAGGAAAAGAUCAAAGUUGUUCGUGAGUGGCCACCUCUGCAAAAUGUGAGCCAAGUGCAGAGCUUUCUUGGCCUUGCUGGUUUCUACCGUCGGUUUGUGAAGGACUUCAGCACCAUUGCUGCCCUGAUCAAUGAGUUACUAAAGAAAGAAGUGUCUUUUCAAUGGGGUGGCACACAAGAGGAGGCAUUUGAGGAGCUAAAAGCUAAGUUGACAGCAGCACCACUAUUUGCACUACCAGAUUUCAGUAAGAUUCCAAAUGUGGAAGCUCAUGCAGGUGGACUUAUGGGUCAUUUUGGUGCCAAGAAGACUGAGAAUAUGUUGGCUAACCAUUUCUUUUGGCCAAAGAUGAGGCACGAUGUUGAGAGAUAUGUGCAGUGA